AUGGCGGCGGCCGCUCUUGCUCCUUCCCACUGCGGAGGACGCUCUGGGCAGCUGCGCUUGCGCGGUGGCGGCCGCGAAGCCGCCUGGGACUUGGAGUUCGCCAGGCUAGCUCCUGCGCAUUCCCACCGGAAGUUCUCAGCUCCUCGGCACGGACACCUGGGCUUUCUGCCCCACAAGAGGAGCCGCCGACACCGGGGCAAGGUGAAGACAUGGCCACGGGAUGACCCCAGCCAGCCUGUGCACCUCACGGCCUUCCUGGGCUACAAGGCGGGCAUGACACACACCCUGCGGGAGGUGCACCGCCCGGGGCUCAAAAUCUCCAAGCGGGAGGAGGUGGAGGCAGUGACCAUAGUGGAGACGCCGCCGCUGGUGGUGGUGGGCGUGGUGGGCUACGUGGCCACGCCUCGCGGCCUGCGCAGCUUCAAGACCGUGUUCGCCGAGCAUCUCAGCGAUGAAUGCCGCCGCCGCUUCUACAAGGACUGGCACAGGAGCAAGAAGAAGGCUUUCACCAAGGCUUGUAAAAGGUGGCGUGAUGCCGAUGGCAAGCGACAGCUCCAGAGGGACUUCGCUGCCAUGAAGAAGCACUGCAAAGUUAUCCGGGUCAUCGUCCACACCCAGAUGAAGCUGCUGCCCUUCCGGCAGAAGAAAGCCCACAUCAUGGAGAUCCAGCUGAACGGCGGCACAGUGGCUGAGAAGGUGGCCUGGGCCCAGGCCCGGCUGGAGAAGCAGGUGCCGGUGCACAGCGUCUUCAGCCAAAGCGAGGUCAUUGAUGUCAUUGCUGUCACCAAGGGCCGGGGGGUCAAAGGGGUCACGAGCCGCUGGCACACCAAGAAGCUACCGCGCAAGACCCACAAGGGCCUGCGCAAGGUGGCCUGCAUUGGUGCCUGGCACCCGGCCCGUGUAGGCUGCUCCAUCGCCCGGGCUGGGCAGAAGGGUUACCACCACCGGACGGAGCUCAACAAGAAGAUCUACCGCAUUGGUCGGGGGCUGCACGUGCAGGAUGGGAAGAUGGUUAGAAACAACGCGUCCACCAACUACGACGUGACGGACAAGUGCAUCACACCACUGGGCGGCUUUCCUCACUACGGGGAGGUUAACAACGACUUCGUCAUGCUGAAGGGCUGCAUUGCGGGCACCAAGAAGCGGGUGAUCACGCUGAGGAAGUCCCUCCUGGUGCACCACAGCCGCAGGGCCCUGGAGAGCAUUGAGCUCAAGUUCAUCGACACCACCUCCAAGUUCGGGCACGGCCGCUUCCAGACGGCCCAGGAGAAGAGGGCCUUCAUGGGCCCCCAGAAGAAGCACCUGGAGAAGGAGAAGCCGGAGGCCGCGGGGGACCUGUAG